CCCUCCCAGUUACCGAUCACUAUUUAAACGGGCUGACGCAACGACUUUUAAUAUCAAAACCUAUAUCCGAUUCACAAGUUACGGACACGUUAUAUCACCGCAGAUUUUGGACCUAAUACAGUGUCUAAAACAUACCACCACCACCACCACCAGAAGGGGAUUGCAGUCCAACUUGUGACGGUGGUGUAUGGUAGCUGGGUCUGACAUGAUGCCCGGUCAGAUCCCUGACCCUUCCCUGACGGCCGGCUCCUUGCCCAGCCUGGGCCUGCUGGCCGGCAUCUCUGCCACCACGCUCACCGACCAGCUCAAACUGGCACAGGACUUCAGGAACCUGGGCGCCAUGUUGUCACCGCUGCAUAUCCUGGGACGACUGGGCAAGAGGCCGCUCACUGCUAUCAAGGGAGAGAUGGACGAGGACGAUGAGAGGAGGAGACGGAGGAGAGAUAAGAACAAAGUGGCAGCAGCACGAUGUCGGAACAAGAAGAAGGAGAGAACAGACUUCCUCCAAAGGGAGUCGGAGCGUCUGGAGGUGGUGAACUCCGACCUAAAGGCCCAAAUCGAAGAGCUGAGGAUGGAGAGACAGCAGCUAAUGGUGAUGCUCAACCUCCACCGCCCCACCUGCAUCGUCCGCACCGACAGCGUCAAGACCCCUGAGAGCGAGGCCAACCCCCUGCUCGAACUCCUGGCCGCCGAAAAGCUGGAGGCCUCUAAGUGAAACCACAGAGGGAAAGUGAAACCGAAGGAAGGAAGGAAUCCGACUGGAAGAAAAUCAACUGCCGUCAAAGAUGACGAAAGAUUUAAAACAAUCACCUGAUGCUUUUGUUGUUGAAGCACUUAUGUGCUGUGUGUUGAGCGCCAAGCUGGAGACUCAAGUCUGCCUUUGCCCAAAAGACAAAGGGGGUUGUUAGGGUUCCGUUGCCUCGGUAACACCUCGGUAACGUUACCCGAUUGGGUUCUGAGGGAAGAGGGAGGAGCCUAAAUGCCCAACCCAGUUAUCUCUGCGGCCACACAGUUUACUUACUGCAACCAACCACCGUAACAACAAGGGACAGAUGGAAGAAGAUAUAUUGUGAUAUAUUUAUAUUUAGUGGAAACUAUCGUUUCGAAAGGGGAAACACUAAGAUCAAUCACUAUGGUGCUCUGUUACCCGGCACUUACCGACUCUGAGACAAACAAAGAGGUUGUUGUGAUAUUCUAAACAUGUGUAACUGUAGAGGCACACAGGUGUAGCCAGCCAGUGUACUGUAUACCAUGUUGAAAUACACAGGUGUAGCCAGCCAGUGUACUGUAUACCAUGUUGAAAUACACAGGUGUAGCCAGCCAGUGUACUGUAUACCAUGUUGAAAUACACAGGUGUAGUGUACUGUAUACCAUGUUGAAAUACACAGGUGUAGCCAGCCAGUGUACUGUAUACCAUGUUGAAAUACACAGGUGUAGCCAGCCAGUGUACUGUAUUCCAUGUUGACAUACACAGGUGUAGCCAGCCAGUGUACU